AUGACGUUAAUCUGGGGGAGCAUUAGCCUAGAGAUUAACGACGUCAGUGAAGAUGAUUUUAAUAUGAGGUCGAGAAAGAACCACGACGUCUACUAUUGGCUAGAGGCGCUGAAACAACGGAAACGUGGCGUGACAGGAAAAGAAAUAGCGAAGAUUUCAAGAACGAAGAUCUGGUCUGAUUGCACAACUUACGACCUAGAAAAAGAAAAUGCCAGGUUUGAAAAUUGUGUCUAUGCUAACUUGACCAUAAAUACGACGUGCAUAGCCUGGUUAGGGCAGUUGAGUGGUAAAAGUUGCGGUAGAAGUGAGGCUCGAUGCAAAGUCGUAAAUGAGGAAUUGCAUACAACUGCCAACAACGCCAAAAAGUAA